GCCAAUGGGGCGGCCGAGGGCGGGGCCCCCACCAGAAUGAUAGGCCCUAAUGGUGCCCCGUACGGUAGUGGGGGACUUUAUAAGCGCCCGCCCGUUCUUACACGCCGACAGCCAGUGGUGAACAUGCAAGUCUAUAGGUUGCUCCCGGAACAGGUCAUGCAGACGGACAGGCAGCAUCACCUUGCUCAGCAGGCGAACGCUAUGCUGAAGGGUAACGCCGUCCCGCCUUCUAUAGUCGUCGACUUGCUGCCUCCUGGCUACCAGAACUCUUUGGGCCAGUCCCAAAACAGCCAGGACAGUAGCUUAGACUCUCCGAAAAAGGACGAUCACUUAAAACAAGAGGCGCCCAACCAGGAAAGCAACAUCCGCCGGUACAGGACGGCGUUCACCAGGGACCAACUAGCACGUUUGGAAAAAGAGUUUUUCAAGGAGAACUACGUAUCGAGACCUCGGAGGUGCGAAUUGGCUGCCCAGCUCAGCCUUCCCGAGUCGACGAUCAAGGUAUGGUUUCAAAAUAGACGAAUGAAAGACAAACGACAGAGAAUGGCGAUGGCCUGGCCGUACGCAGUGUACACGGACCCAGCACUUGCAGCAUCCCUGCUCCAAGCCGCCGCAGCAGGUCUGCACUACCCUUAUCCGGCAUAUUACCCCCGUUAUCCUUAUCCACCGCCGCCACAACAGCCUUCCGCCUACAGAGAAGAACCUCAGCAACAGGAUUGCGACGGUUCCUCGUCCUGCCGGUGCGGUAUCAUCAACUGCGUCGCCACGGGUGGAUAUCCAGUGCCAUCACCACCACCUCCCUCGUCUUCACCGACAGGAGUCACGAGGACUCCUCAGCCAAAGAAAUUAUUCCAACCGUAUAAGGAAGACCUACUUGAAAAGCGCUAACUCAAAGCACUCCCUUUCGAGUAACACGUACACUUUGUUUUAAAGUGUAAAUAAUAAAUUUAUGUUCUAUGUGAGCCCAGAGAAAUGGCUUUGUUCCCCUUAAAUGUAGUUGUAUAAUAUGUAUAUUAUUUUGUAAAUAUUGUUUUAUUAUAGUUAAAACCUGAGAAAUUGUGUAUUGUUUGUACAUAUAUAUUAUGCUGUAAUAUUUAUUAAAAUGUUCCGUUUGACCUGGCUCUAUUUUAUAAGGGAUUAAUAAAUGUCAUUCAACAUUGAA